AGCGUUUUCAUGUCAUAUGACCACCUCAAAUCAACUGUGAGAAGUUGCAAACACAGCUAGAACGUUUCUAAUAGUGGAGUAUAUUUUGUUGGAAGCGUUUGCCGUGAACAGCCACCACAAACUGCACAGAUGAGGUAUAUAUUGUAUUGGUUGUUGAAAGUAACAUUAUACUAACGCCUUGCUCUUGGGUAAGUCACCUGGAGACAUGAGUAUCAAUGGGGAAGGCACCACCGUCCACUCUGACCAUUGGGCCGCUGCGGAUGACAUGGGCUGCGAGACCAACCCUCUCCUGGGAAAUAGAGCAGAGGAGCCAAGGGCUAAAGGGGCCUCCUUUACCUCCUCGGUCUUCAACCUGAUGAAUGCCAUCAUGGGCAGUGGCAUCCUGGGCCUGGCCUACGCUAUGGCCAACACAGGCAUAGUGGGAUUUUGUAUCCUCUUGCUGCUAGUGUCCAGUCUGGCAGCUUACUCUAUACACCUCCUACUGAAGCUGUGUGAUCAAACCGGUAUCACCUCAUAUGAAGACCUAGGAGGCAGAGCCUUGCAGAGGCCAGGCAAAGUUCUUGUUGGAGUCAGUAUUCUCAUCCAAAACAUUGGAGCCAUGUCGUCAUACAUGUUCAUCUUGAAAACAGAGCUUCCUGCAGCCAUUGCCAGCUUCCUGAGCCCAGAGACCUCUGGGGGGGCCUGGUAUGAAGAUGGCAAAACGUUGCUGAUUCUGAUGACGGUGUGUGUGGUUCUACCUCUGGCUCUGCUGCCCAAGAUUGGUUUCUUGGGCUACACCAGUAGCCUUGCAUUCCUCUUCAUUCUCUUCUUUACAGUUGUGGUUGUGGUCAAGAAAUCGGCCAUCCCUUGCCCCCUCCCAAGCAAUGUGACCCUGAGCAUCAACCAGGUAUCCAAUUCCUCGGAAUCGGAAUGUACGCCCAAACUCUUUGUCAUCUCCAGUAAGAGUGCUUACACCAUCCCCACCCUGGCUUUCUCCUUCCUCUGCCACACUGCCGUGUUGCCCAUCUACAGUGAGAUGGACCGGCCCAGUAAGAAGAGGAUGCAGAAUGUGACCAAUGUUAGCAUCUCUCUGAGCUUCCUGCUCUACCUGAUCUCUGCUUUGUUUGGCUACCUCACCUUCUACAGCCAUGUAGACUCAGAGCUCUUGAUAAGCUACGACACGUACCUGCCGCUUGAUGUCUUGGUGAUGGCUGUGCGUCUGGCCAUCCUGCUGGCUGUGCUGCUUACUGUACCCCUCAUCCAUUUCCCUGCCCGGAAGGCAAUGUCAGUGCUGUUUUGUGGAGAUAGGCCUCUCUCCUGGGUGUAUCAUAUCUUCUCCACUCUCCUGAUCCUGACUGUGGUGAUGCUGCUGGCCAUCCUUGUCCCUGACAUCAGGAAUGUGUUCGGGGUUGUGGGCUCGACCACGUCGACCUGCCUGUUGUUUGUGUUCCCGGGGAUCUUCUACCUCCGGCUCAGCAACCAGCCGCUCAAGUCCCUGGAGUCUAUGGGGGCUGUAUGUCUGCUGAUCUUCGGCCUGUUUGUGGGACUGCUCAGUCUGUGUGUCAUCGUGGUCACCUGGGCACAGAACCCCUGAACAGGACCGCAGAACUAGACCACCCACAGCUCUGCUCCAUAGAGCCUAAAGGGAGAAUUAUGCCAAAGAAAUACUAUUAGGCAGCACAACAGAACUCCAUGACCACAAAAGACUGUAUGACCACAACACAGGUCAGUGGCAUGACCACAAGAUCACUGCAUCACUUCACCCAGACUCUGAAAGCAUUCGACUGCCCACCACCCCCAUACAAUCAGUGCUGCUCUUGUGUUUGUAUGUUUAACUGUACCUUUUAGCUAUGGUGCUUCCAAAGCUUCAGAGUUGCCUUUUUUACUUCUGGACAAUGUGUACACUUGACAAUAAAUCUUGAAUGUGGGAUGACU